GACGAGGGAGCUCGCGCGGUCUUGUCGAACGUUAGUAAAGAGUAAACUCAGCGUUUGUGGUAUUUUUAGUUUUAAAUCAUUAUGUCUCUGAGUUCUGUUCGUACGACACUGUCCAGCCUGGAGUCCUGCCAGGCGGACAUCAGUACAGGGAUGGACAUUGUGACGGAUGUCGCUAUGGACCUGGCAGAAGCUCAAGGGGAGGAAAUGAGUGCUGGCGUCAAGGAGCUAGAAGCCAUGAUGCUGGAGUGUGCCAAACUGGACAGAGAGAUCAACCACUUUGUUGAUGUUGUGCAACAAGUCACGGCACAGAUUGACAGACAGCAGCCAGAAGAAUUGUUCACCUUGUCAACUAAAGUGAAGAAGGAGUUCACGGACAGAAUCGCCAGACUCUCAGAUGCAGAUCUGCAGAACCACAGGAAGGUGUUGUCCUUCAGAGAAAAUGUCAUGAACUCUGACAAACAAGCCAACAAGGAAUCAGCAGCCAACAUGGAGGAGAUCGAUGAGGACAUCGCUGUCACACAGAGUCAAGUCAACUUCACCUGCCCACUCACGCAGGUGGAAAUGGUGAACCCGAUGAAGAAUAAGAAGUGUAACCACUAUUACGAUGAAAACGCCAUUGUUGAACUAAUCGAGAGAAGACGCAACCAGAAGAAGAAAUGCCGCUGUCCAGUGGUGGGCUGCGGAAACACAGACGUGAAGAUGUCAGACCUGAUUCCUGACAAGGUUCUGAGGAGAAAAAUCCAAAGCCAAAACAGGCAGAGCAGCAAGAAGUAGUUUGGUUUUUCACCAGACUGUGGAUCGCAGAGGUGUUUUUUUUUUCCAGUUGACUUGUUCCAAGUUCUUCAGGGUGUUUACCACCAUCAAGGAGGUUAAAUGUUUGCUCCUGUUUCCAAAAAACAUUGAUCCAUUUGGAAGUAAGUGCUGUGAACUGUUUGUGACCUCUUGAGUUUUACACAUUGUUGACCACAAAUGUUUUAAAAAUUAAUAUGAAUUCAGACUUUUUUUUAUAUUAAAAUUAGGCCCUUUAAAGUAGCUUUGAAAUCUCUUCCAAUAUGAUGUAAAUUUUAUAAAAAUAUUCCAGCCAAGACAAUGGAGUGCUUAUGUGUAAGUAACUAAAUAUCACUUUUAUGGACAAUUUUCUUUGCGGAUCACUGAACGUGUCUCCUCGUCGCCUCCUUCAAACAGACUACCCACACGGUACUAUACUGUUUGUGUUCCUUAAUGAUUGAUGGAAAUGAAGUUCAAGAUAUUCGGUGCCUUGGAAGUGUACAUUUAUCCAUCUCUGGCUUCCUCUGGAAAAUUGGCUGUAAAAGUGUUGAUGUAGAUGUUGUACUGACAGGGGCUCUUACUUUUCCAUACCAUUGUUUGGAAUUUGAUAUUUUUAUUUAAUUUAUGUCAUGUUGUAGAGAUUUUUUUUUCACUGAGUAUAAAGGGCAUAAUUUUAGAAAUUUUAAUAUAAAGAAGCCUGAAUUAUUUUAAUUAUAUGUAUUAAGAAAUGAAAGUGUAAAGCACAUUUUUCACAGCACUGUAACCUUGACUUAUAAAUGUUGGUAUGUACAUAGUUAACUGUUCUGUAUUUCACAUCAUCUGAAUAGAGAUCCUGA